GGAGUAAGUACUUACAGAGAUUCUAAAAUUAAAGACUCUUUUACUGAACAAGCAAAUACAGAAGACACGAACCAUCUUCGAUUUUCUACAUUGACUACGGAAAUAGCUCAAGAUGAACAGUACCAAAAAUAUCAACAAUCUAAAUCGUUUCAGCAAUGCUUAUCUCAUCAAUAUCAGCAAUAUCAAGAAUAUAAUAGGCAAUUAUCUGAAUCCAAAUCCAAAAAAACUCGAAAAAGAAAAUCAAUGUUAAAUACACUGUUAGAGUUGCAAGGUGUGACAGAUGGAUACCAUCAAUAUCUACAAAAUCACGGCAUGGCAAAUGAUAAUAAAUCUAAAAAUAAACAUGCUGGAAAUGCAGAUAUUAUCG